AUGGCUGCUGACCAGGACAAGCGUGAGGCUCUUUACUUCCCUAAGCCAGUCAAUUCCUGCAUGGGCUGGAGCUCCCACCAAAGCCAGCUCUUAGCAGGCUCCCAUGGUUCCCAGGACAGGGCCUGCCUCGGUGUCCCCUGCACCCAGCGCUGGCGGGGAGCUUCACUGUCCCAGCUGUUCAGUGCCCCUUGUCACCCCAGGCCUGAUGCCAGCCGGCUGUGUUGCUGGCUUGCCACCGCCCACAACUUCCUCAGCCCUCACUGCAGCCAGGUCUGGCGCUGGGCGGGUCGGCAGCCUGGGAGACACACAUGGCUCUCUGUUUCUGUCUGUAUCUCUCUCGGUCUCUCUCUCUGUGUUUCUCUCUCUAGGUCUCUCGCCUGGUCUCUCUCUCUCACUGACUCUGUAUCUGUCCCUGUCUCUUUGUCUCUGCUUCUCUCUCUCUCUGUUUCUAUCUCUGUCUCUCUGUAUUUUUCUCUCUCUGGCUGUCUGUUGGCAUGUCUCUGUCUCUGCUUCUCUCUGUCUCUCUGUGUCUCUGUUUCUCUUGGGCUCUCUGUCUCUGUUUCUCUCUAUCUCUGUCUCUCUGUAUUUUUCUUUCUCUGUCUCUCUGUUGGCCUGUCUCUGUCUCUGCUUCUCUCUGUCUCUCUGUCUCUGUUUCUCUCUCUCUCUCUGCCUCUGUUUCUCUCUAUCUCUGCCUCUGUUUCUCUUUAUUUCUGCUUCUCUCUAUCUCUGUCUCUCUCUGCAUUUUUCUUUCUCUGUCUCUCUGUUGGCCUGUCUCUGUUUCUCUCUGUCUCUCUGUGUCUCUGUUUCUCUUGGGCUGUCUCUCUGUUUCUCUCUAUCUCUGUCUCUCUGUUGGCCUGUCUCUGUCUCUGCUUCUCUCUAUCUCUCUGUGUCUUGUUUCUCUUGGGCUUUCUGUCUCUGCUUCCCUUUAUCUCUGCUUCUCUCUAUCUCUGUCUCUCUCUGUACUUUUCUUUCUGUCUCUCUGUUGGCCUGUCUGUCUCUGCUUCUCUCUGUCUCUGUUUCUCUUGGGCUCUCUGUCUCUGCUUCUCUCUGUCUCUCUCUGUAUUUUUCUUUCUCUGUCUCUCUGUUGGCCUGUCCCUGUCUCUGCUUCUCUCUGUCUCUCUGUGUCUCUGUGUCUCUUUGUUUUUCUUGGGCUCUCUUUCUGACAGGGUCAUCAGAGCCUGACAAGCCCCUCCAGCAAUGACCUUGCAGGUGGUGGCAGGCCUGAGGCAGGCGCCCUGAUUUGAUCAGCUGCUCUGCUCCAUGAGGCUCCCCAGCCUAUCUCAGCAGGCAGCUGACAUGGCCUCUCUGUCACCUCCAUGGGAGCCAGUGCCCCUCGCUAGAAGCCUCUGGAUGGGAGAGAAUUCUCUGCUCUUCGUUCCUGGUUGCGGGGACGCACCUCCCAAUCUGUGCUUCUGGACAGCAGUGAGGUCUCAUGUGCUCCAUAGACGCCCUGGACAGACCACAGCAAAAUAUAGGGUGGGCCUCAGGGGCCUGCAGGUGCCUUCAAUUUACGGCUGCAGGACAACAGAAGGGGCGUGUCUCUCGCUGAAUUAAGACAGAAGAGAGAGGUUCUUUAUUAAACCCAGAAGAAUUGGUCUUCUCUGGAGGAGGCACCUCAGAGCAGCAGGACCGGGCUCCCUGCCCCCAGCGCCUCCCUGGAUGGCCUCCCGUUCUGUCUCCCCAGCAGCCUCCAUGGGCUCAGGUGAUGUUUAUUCAUAGUCACGCUUGCCUCCCACACAGGCUUAUUCCUGCAAACCCUGCCAGGGUUGUUAAGGAACAUCUAAAAGGCGUGAGGCCCUGAGCUUUGAUCCAGCUGCUUAAUUGCCUUUACUAAUCACACCAAGAUCAAGAGGAUAAAAAUAGCCUCCAGGGUCGGGCGGAGAGAGUCACCUUGAUGGGGAUUUGGAGAGCAGCAAGGAGACAGUUCUAAUUCACUCCUGGUGGGGCCUGAAAUCACCACUUUAAUUAAAUAAACUAACCUGAGCAACUAGAGCUAUGCAAACAACUUGACGUGAGGCUUUAGAUUAUUAGAGAGAAGCAGAAAGGAAGAGGAGGGCGCUUCCUGGAACAGGUUUCAGCUGUUUUCCUAAGCGGCCUGUCCCCAAGCAAAAGGAAACGUUUCUCCCUCUCCUCUCUCCCUCUUUCCUCGUCUCUCCCUCUUUCCUCGUCUCU